AGCUGUGAUAAAUCAUCCCUAGAGUCUAGACCAAAUAUUUACCUUAGUUUGCGCCAGCGAUGACGACAUCGAGCAACAACUUGCAACCAGAGAACCAGACCGUUCUGGGCGACCCAAAGUUUAGUAGUGGCUUCGUUAGAAGAGAGUUUAAUGACAGCGGUAUUGCCGAUGGCAAACUCCGCACCAUCUCGACUUCUUCUUGCGCCACGACCAUGUCAACUGAGUCCUACCGCAUCUCUCUCGGCGUAGGGCCUCUGUGGUGGUCCGAUGUCCCUGUCCACCACAGAACAGAUCACGAUAGGGCAUCGCUCUUAACGGGCCACAGCCGUAAGUCUUCGGUCGACUCGGCUGGUAGCAGUCUGUACGAGGCCGGCUCCAGGGCGUCUUCGCCGUCGUCCUCCUCGUCGGAAAUCUCCGACUUGGAGUCGCAGGGAGACCUCCAUUCGCUGUACUCGCACGAUGAUUGCCAGGAGGUGCUGCGCCAAAUCCUGCAGCACGACCAGCCGGUGCAGAUUUCCAUCAAACUGCAUGUCACCGAGGACUUAUACACCAAUUGGAUGACGAUUUUGAACCCGGUCAACAAUUUGCUUUAUGUCGCUUUGCCGAAGGAACUGCCAGCAGCCGGCUCCAAGCAGACUUUCGUCUCGCUUCUCGAGUUUGCCGAGGAUAAGCUGGAGGUGGAUGGCGUCGUAAUUGCGAUGAGCAAGGAACAGCCGAACCGCGUUCCCUUGAUUGAGGCAUUUUUGUUUAUGGGUUUCGAGCCGCUGUCGAGGAAGGCACCACAGGCCCCACCUGCUGCCAUCAACGACAAUGAGAACAAUUAUUUCUUCUAUAAAAUCGAGGAGUAGUCAGGCGGCAGAGGGGGCGAUUUUCGCAGAAUUUUACCAUCACACCGAUCAAUUUAAUCACAAAAAUCAAUAACAAUUUAUUAUCCAACUAUCGUAGUUUCCGCAAACUUAUAGCUUAUACUUAGUAACACUGACAUAUUGGCCCCAAUGUGUUCAAAGAAACAAAACAAAUUCAAUAUUUAAAAUACCGGUGUUAAAAUUGUCGAAAAUCGCUUAAAAUUGUCUUCGAAGCGGCGUAUUUCUUUGGUAGUCUUUUCAAUAUGGCCAGCCACGUUAAGAGCCGGAUCGUAAAAUAUUUUACAAAUAUAUAAUCAAAAAUAUAGCAAAAAAUGUAAAAAAAAAUAUAAAAGAAAAAAAUGUCAAAAAAAAAAAUACAAUGUAUUAACCCUAAGUUUAAUCUUGAAUCAAUGUCAUAUUUAUGUUUUUUUCUACGUUUUAAUAAUAUUUUUGUUCGUUUCAUGUAUUUUUCAAUUAUUAUAUCCAUGCGUAUAUAUGAAGAUCUUAAUCCCAAUUUCUUAUAUCUAUAAUAUAUUUUAUAUAUUUUUAUUCACUUUUUGUAUACUUAGUACGAAGAAAAAAGAAAGAAGAGAUAAAAGAGGAUACGAAGAAGCAUUAUAAGGGAAGCACAUUUAUUCACAUACGCCAGAAGAUUCAAAUUCAAAUACUAUAUCCAAUAUUAAUAAACGUAAUAUUCAAUAGAAUUCCACACCACACAAAAGAACUUUUUUAUUAUACCUUUUUUUUCAUAUUUAAGUAUGAUUUACUUGAUUCCAAUAAUAAAACGUAUGACUUAAAAAAAAAAA